UGUGCUUCUUUCUCGCAUUUUUUUUUUCUCUCUUCUCGCUGGAUUUUGUUCUUCUUCUUGAUAUCUGGUCUCGUAUGAGGAGUCUGUGGUGAUUCUUGAACAUGGAUUUUGCUGCAUUGCCGAGUGGGACAAUGGCUUUUCUAAAUGGUGAGGCAAUCUUGGACGAUCUUUUGUUGUUCUUGCGAAGUCAACAGUUUGCAUCCAUUUCAAUCGGAGCCCCCUCUUCCUCUUCUCUGUUUUUCUAGUUUCUGGGGGUGUAUAUGCAUUCUCUUUUCUCCAGCUGAGCACAGUAUUUUCUUUCUGGUUUGGACAAGAAUGGAUGGUUUAGAAAAUAGUUGGCUGUACCCGGCAAGCACUAAAAUUUUACCUUCUGAUGAGACCCGGAGCUCCCAGAGAGAAACCCUCGCCACUGAAUUCACCGCUCCCCCUGAUUCUGAUCCAGACCUCUGGAGAGGAAGAAGUGCGCAAAGAACUAAGAGAGAAAGAGAGAGAUGGGGUGGAAGGCAGCUGAGAAGAUAAUCCAACAUUGGAAGAUCCUUAGAGGAGAUAAUGUAAUGAUCAUAAGAGGGAAAGAUAAGGGUGAGACAGGUGUCAUCAAACGUGUUAUCCGAUCCCAGAACCGAGUCAUCGUUGAGGGAAAGAAUCUGGUGAAGAAACACAUCAAGCAAGGACAAGGACAUGAAGGUGGGAUCUUUUCAAUUGAAGCUCCUCAUGUCUCGAAUGUCCAAGUUCUUGACCCAGUUACUGGGAGACCUUGUAAGAUUGGAUACAAGUAUCUGGAAGAUGGAAAUAAGGUAAGAGUCUCUAGAGGGCAACAAGCAUCUGGAGCCAUAAUACCUCGUCCAGAGAUCUUAAAGCAAAGGAGAAAACCAAGACUACCGAACCUGGUCCCAAGGAUACGCCAAUUGACCUCGUACUGGAGAAAACAUAUGAUGCUAAAGCUGGAAUUGGGAUGCCUGACCUUUGAACAAAGGUCUACAAAGCUUUUGUUACAGGUUGGCGGAAUUUUGCUGUCAGAACAUAUUUCAUCUACAAUCAUGUCAGCUAACUUGGAGUUUCUAAAUUCUUGUUCAACUCGAGGAGAUAUGGACAGGUUAAAUGACUCUGGAACUAGUCAUUGGUGGAAAUGGGUUGAAAGGUGGACGGAUAGAGAUACCUUGCGUUGGGCAUUGGGUUUGAUGUACAUAAUUGCUGUUGCAACCAUAUGGAUUGCUGCCAGUUUUAUAGUUCAAUCUGUAGUAGAUGCUGGUGUUUCUCCUUUCCUGAUAACAUACAUUUGCAACUCAUUGUUUGUGGUUUACAUCCCUAUUGUUGAAAUUUCACGGUAUUUUGAGGAUUCAAUUGAAGGUUUUUGGUCUUGGUUGAGAAAUAAGAAAGAUACAGACGAACAACAAUCUAGUGAUUUGGAGAAUGUAAAUCUUCUUCAUGAGAGUGAUCAUAACACAAACCCCAAUGUUUUAGUGGGUCAUAGUAAACAGGAUACUGUAUCUGGAGUUCAGUCCAGGCUUCAAGAAUCUAGUCAUGCUAAUGCAUGUGGUCAACCAGAAUUGGAUGUUGUGAGUCAAGACCGCAGUAAACAAGUAGAUGCAAAGGGUCGAUGGACACGCACUCGUGUAGCUAAAGUCAGCUUGUUGAUAUGCCCUUUCUGGUUUUUUGCACAACUGACUUUCAAUCUGUCUCUCAAAUAUACCACUGUAACGUCAAAUACCAUCUUAAGCAGUACAUCUAGCCUUUUCACUUUCUUGGUCGCUUUAGCAUUCCUAGGAGAAAAGUUUGCUUGGGUAAAGCUGAUUAGUGUUCUUCUGUGCAUGGGGGGAACAAUAAUAGUCAGCCUGGCUGAUUCAAAUACUGCAGCCAAUGCAAUUGGAACAAACCCUCUUCUUGGAGACAUUCUUGCUGUUCUUUCAGCAGGCCUGUAUGCUGUUUACAUCACCCUGAUUCGUAAAAAGCUGCCUGAUGAGACAAAAGGAGAAGGUCAAGCAAGUACAGCUCAGUUUCUUGGAUUUCUUGGGCUGUUUAAUCUUUUGAUCUUUCUUCCUAUUGCUCUACUGUUGAGUUUUACAAAGCUAGAGCCUUUUCAGAAGCUUACAUGGAAGCAAUUUGGUCUUAUUGUUGGAAAAGGUUUAUUGGAUAAUGUGUUGAGCGAUUACUUGUGGGCAAAGGCCAUCAUUCUGACAACCACCACUGUAGCAACUGCUGGUCUUACAAUUCAGGUUCCGAUAGCUGCCAUUGUUGACUCACUCACUGGCAAUGCCCCUCGUCUCAUGGAUUACAUCGGAGCUGCCGCUGUCAUGGUUGGGUUUGCUGGAAUCAACAUACCAUCAGAUGCUCUCAGCAGAACCCAAACAAGCCAAGAUUUUGCAGUAGAAAAUAAUGUCGUGUCUGAUGAUCAUUUUGAACUGCCUAUCGAGAGAAAUAGGAGUUCUGGUGAUCAUUUUGAACUGCCUAUUGAGAGAAAUAGGACUUCUGUUUCAUAGUGCGGUCAAAUUUCUUUUCCAUGGCUGUCUAUAAUUAUUUCAUUAUUUUUUGAUUUAUCAAGCAAAAUAUCUUCUUGAUCAUCAGAAUUAUUCAAAGCUUAUAUUGAUGCAUUGUCCUGGCAAGCUGAGUUGUCGAAGAUCCAGAUUUCCAGCAAAUGCAAAUGUAUGGCAUGGAAUGGAUGAAGUACAUCCUCGGUCUUGUUUUGGGGUCGUGCAAGAAUUCUUGGGGUUGCUUCCAGUGUUAGUCUACAGAAUUAAUUGGGUGAUUUAGAUGGAUGAUUCUGUCAACAAGUGUAUAAUAUCUAUGCAUUGUUUCUGCACAAGCUUUUGUUUUAUAAGGUUCAUGGUUGUCUUCAUCUUUCCAGAAUCCAUGGUUAGAGUGCUCAUUUGUAAUACAAUAUGCCAUAUAUUGUAUUAUGAUUAUAUUAUUGAAUUAUUAUGAUAA